GAGACUCGUCAGGCACUAAUUUGGCGGGAACCACUUUGCCUUUUAUGAUACUUUAUUUCACCUUCAUUACGCGUCGUCAUGCCAAAGUUUUAAUAUGUUUAAAAAAAGCUUAGCAUGUAAUAUAUACCUGCAUGUCUCAAUAUGUGGAAGUAUUGUGAAUAAGGUCAAAUAUAUCAAUGUUUAUCGCGCACCUUAGCCCUCGCGGCGGACCAAUCAGCCGCUGAGGACAAACCCGCGAAGUAUUCGAUUUGUUUUGGCGCUAAAAGUCCCCGAGGAGCGCGGUAAACCUAGUGCUGCAUACACUGAAGGCAUGUCCGAAAAGUGUGGUGAAAAUCCAGUGCUUUCUACGCCCAAACGGCGUCCCAAGCGUGAAAUGGGUGGCAUGUCGUUUCACGGCAGCCCCCCAAUGAAGGACAACACGCUUUAUCCCUGGAACUGGAGUGAACACGUGUGUAAAGUGGAAAUGAGCAGCCCCUGCUGUGGCCAUGGAGGUGCCCCUUGCGAAAGCCCAGACCCACGGGGCUGUGAGUCCAGGAGAGGCCGCCCACGAGCAGAUGUCAUCAACACUCUGAUCAUUGAAGGCGCACAGUCCCCCAGCAACAUCAAGUGUCACAUCUGCAACAGAGUCUUCCCCAGAGAGAAGAGUCUGCAGGCUCACCUCCGCACACACACAGGCGAGCGCCCCUACCAGUGUGACUACCCUCAGUGCACCAAGGCUUUCACACAGAGCGGCCAGCUCAAAACACACCAACGCCUUCACACCGGAGAAAAGCCCUUCAUUUGCUCCGCGCCAGGUUGCACAUCCAGAUUUACUCACGCCAAUCGUCACUGCGCCGAGCACCCUUAUGCCACCCUGCACAGGACAGCAGACCUCCACAUAGACCCCAAGCUGACCCCUGCUGAACGAACAGAGGAUGUACUGCGGUGGCUGGAGAAGUACCGCCAUGAAAGGAUGGAACGCACGCCUGCAAAGAGUCGCAAGAAGAGAGAAUUGGAUGGCACACCAGACACGCCACGGACUUCAUGCACACCCUCCUCAGAUUCAGACAUCAUGUCUCCACCACCUGUCAAACGCCCCAAGUCCCGGCGUGAACUCUGUCCUCUCAUGGAACAGCAACAUAACAAAGCUGAUAACCGCCAGAUUCCGAGCCACCACCACCAGCACCACCACUACAUCAACUGUAGAGAUGAGAAUGCUUAUUUGUCCCCUGCAGGGUGUGGGGUAGAUGAAAACAAAUUUGGUGAGAGUCAGCAGCGACCACAGCGACCAAUGCCAGCCUCACCCAUGCUCUCUCGAGUGUUGCGGAACACUGAAAACCUACAGAGCCCUGUGAAGCACCCAAGCUAUCCUGGCUUUGAUAUGGAUGGAAUCAAGCCUUUGCCAGAGGUGGAUGAUAGGGUGUUUCUGCCAAAUGGGGCAGCUGUCACCCAAGAUGCAUCCCACCUUUCCACACAUGAGGCUGAUAUGGUGCUGGGCUUGGCUUUCCCCAGGCACAUGCCACUGGCAUUGCCACCUGAACAGCUGCUGGAAGAUGAUCAUGUGCAAGAUGCUGCUUGGCCAUGUCCAGAUUCAUCUAUUAAGGCAGAAGAUACACUAAAAAUUGAGAACACAUUUGCCCCAGAAAAUUUUUCAAAUGACAAGAGUGUUGUGCACGCCCACCACACUGAGUAUCUAACCUCAGUCGUCCUUUCCCUCCCAGUAGCAGGCAUUGAAGAGAAUCCUCAGAAACAGCCCACUGCUGAUGACACUUCUCCACAAAAUGACAGUUCACCCCAGUCUGAGGAGUGGAGAAUGAGGCAGCCCAAGAAGAGAUGGCUGCGGGAGGUGCUGCGGCUGGAGCAGGGGAAACUGGAGGUUCCUUCCAUGCCACUGGGAGAGGUAGAGAGUCAGCUCCAGCCUUCUGUAGUAACAAAAGCCUCCAGCCAGACCUUCACUCCUGUGGUGAGCCAACCCAAAGGUGGUGAGACCAAAGAGAAGUGGAUGGGUGCCAUGGCCCUCAUCCAGCUGGCAGAGGUGCCAGAUGAGGGGUCACAGCCGCUCAACCUCUCCACGGCACGCUACACUAUGCUUUAAUGUCCCCCUCUCUGACCGCCUCUCUGCUUGUGUACAAUACCAAAAAUUACAAGGCUGCAUCUGGUACCCCAAAAGGACCAGUUACACUCGCAGGAAUAGCUCUAGCUUGUCAACUUCUCGUUGCUGUGCAUUUUUUACUGCUAGUCGUGUACGCAAUCAGUAACAAAAAAAUCUUAAAUGGCUUUUUAUGCUUUAUAAUAGAUAUAUAUUGUGCUUGUUAUCUUUCAGUGUUUGAGGUAGGGUGGUGAUGUGUACAGAGAACCCAGUCUUCUGGGAGGGUGACCUGGCUCGGUGGAGAUUCUGUUGAUAAAUUAACCUUGUACCUGGACUAUACCUUUACUCAGAUUUUAGCAGACUUAUAUUAUAUUUGAUUUUCAUCUGUUUAAAGGUAACCUAUAGUUACUACUAAAGGACUGUUAUAUCAUAUGGUGUAUAUAAUGGAAAUGUUCUUUAGCUUUAUAUUGAUUUAUUAGGUUUAGAUACUCAGUCAGUGUAAAUUAAAACAUCUAUUAGCA